AUGGAAGGCAAACCCUCUACUAAUUACUUGCAAUGUACCGAAGAAAUCGAUCAUCGGAAAUCACCUGAAUUAUGGCCGGAACAAAUCCCUGGUGCUUGGGACGUAAGUAAAGCUAGCAUGUCAUAUACAGGCGACAAUAAACCGGUAACCAGAUUUCGAACUGAGCUUGAUCCCCAAGACGUUCGGCUUGUCAACGAGCUUGGGCAGUUGAAUGCGGAUCAGUUAAUGGAGUACGUUAAAAAUUUACAAAACAAUGCAUUUACACUUGGCCUUGAGGAAGCGAAACAGUUUUAUCGAGGAAAGUUCCUUCAGAUUUUUGAAAAACGCAGUGACGAAUCGUAA